CCCAGCCAGUUUGCGUCACUGCCUUGCAGAGCAGAGAGCAGAGCGAGCUGGGGAGAGCAGACAAGUUUGAAGGGGAGGGCCGGCAGAGUCAGCAGCCCCCGGGGCGCUCCUCUCCCACCGCCCAUCCCUUUCCUCUCUUCUUCCCCAGCUUCUCUCUCUGCCCUUCACUUUUCCCCCGAAAACCCCUUAUUUAGCCAAAGGAAGGAGGGAAGGGGAAUCCUCUCCCCUCCCCCCUCCAACCCCCCCCAACUUUUCCAGUCCGGAGAUCGCAAGGGCGCGAGUGGGCACCCAGCUGGCCAUGGAGCUGCUGUGUGGCGAGGUGGACCCGGUCCGCAGGGCCGUGCCGGACGCCAACCUGCUCCACGACGACCGCGUGUUGCAGAACUUGCUGACCAUCGAGGAGCGCUACCUUCCCCAGUGCUCCUACUUCAAGUGCGUGCAGAAGGACAUCCAGCCCUACAUGCGCAGGAUGGUGGCCACCUGGAUGCUGGAGGUCUGUGAGGAGCAGAAGUGCGAAGAAGAGGUCUUUCCUCUGGCCAUCAAUUACCUGGACCGCUUUUUGGCCGGAGUCCCAACUCCCAAGACCCAUCUGCAGCUUCUGGGGGCCGUGUGCAUGUUCCUGGCGUCCAAGCUCAAAGAGACCAUCCCGCUGACCGCUGAGAAGUUAUGCAUUUACACCGACAACUCCAUCAAGCCUCAGGAGCUGCUGGAGUGGGAGCUGGUGGUUCUGGGCAAGUUGAAGUGGAACCUGGCGGCCGUCACCCCCCAUGACUUCAUCGAACACAUCCUGCGCAAGCUGCCUCAGCCCAGUGAGAAGCUGUCUCUGAUCCGCAAGCACGCUCAGACCUUCAUCGCUCUGUGCGCCACCGACUUCAAGUUCGCCAUGUACCCGCCGUCGAUGAUCGCCACUGGAAGCGUGGGGGCCGCCAUCUGCGGGCUCCAGCAGGACGAGGACGUGAGCUCGCUCACGGGUGACGCCCUGGUGGACCUCCUGGCCAAGAUCACCAACACCGACGUGGAUUGCCUCAAAGCCUGCCAGGAGCAGAUUGAGGUGGUGCUGCUGAACAGCCUGCAGCAGUACCGUCAGGACCAGGGCGACGGAUCCAAGUCGGAGGAUGAGCUGGACCAAGCCAGCACCCCUACAGACGUGCGGGAUAUUGACCUGUGAGGAUGUCAGGCGGGCCGAAUGGGAGAGAUGAGUCCAAUCUGCUCUCUCCUUCUCUCUGGAUGUGUUUUGUUCUCUUAUGUUUUAGGAUGAAACUUAAAAAAAAAAAUUCUGCCCCCACCUAGAUCGUAUUGAAAGAUCUUUUAGAAGUGAAACAUAAAGGUCCUAUAAAAACAGAAUCAUUAAAAGCAUUUGGUGCCUAUUUGAAGUACAACAGAAGGGAAUCCCUUGUAUAUGCGAACAGUUAUUGUUUGAUGAUGUUAAAAGUCAUAGUAAAAUGCUUACAGGAAAACUUGCAGAGUAGCUAGAGAAAAUGUAUGCCUGCACUAUGGGAACAAAUUAGAGCCUUUUUUUUUUCAUGUUAUGAACUAGCACGUAUAUACCCCUGUAGGAUAAUGUUGAGGAACCGCAGAGGCCAUUUAUGGCAGGAUUAGAUUGCAAAGCAAUGAACUCCAGAAGAAAUUAGAAACACGGAGGGACAGGAUGGGGAGGGAGUUAGAAAAUAACCUCCGCGCGACCGAACCAUUUUGGAUGGAGAAGCACCUUUGCCCCCAACCACCUGUUUUUUACUACGUCAGGAGCAUUGCUGGGUCUCUAAUGACAACUCUUGCUGUCAACAGUAGCUGCUACCUAAAAGCAGCAUUCGUUUUGCCCGUUGGACACAGGUGAUUGGAUCCUGGGUUUCACGUUUUUCGAUAUCUUUCUUCUUCUUCCAAAUAUGGUUCAUUGCAGACACCACCCAGUUUUUAUCUAAGAGGGGGCAAUCUAGCUACGGGCCAUCCCUCAAACUCCUAUGAAAUGGAGGCAGACGGAGCCCGAGGGUGGGAUCUGGAAUGGAUGGAACCUUUUCUCCUGAUGUGUUCAAGAGAGUAAUGUGACCUUGGCAUCCCUCAUUAGGAAACAGAAGAAUUUUUUGGUGCUGAUUGGCAUGUCUGGUCCACAGGUGAGCGUUUUAGUAUAAACCAUUCCAUUCGAAAAGCACUUUGAAAAAUUGUUCCUGAGGGAUAGAUGGGAUGGUUUAUGCAAAUCGUGCAGAGUAGCCGCCUCCCUUCUCCUCCUGCGCCCCCUCCCCUCCUGCCCCCAGUCGGGCUGCUGUCCUGUAUCUGACACUCUCUGGCAUCCCCACCUGAACUCAAGACACACCCCCUUCCGCUGAAAUCCCCAUCACAACAUUCCUAAAAACAAAGAUGUUACCAUUUUGAUGGCACGGAAGGAUCUUAAUUCCCACCUCUAUACUUCUCCUUUGGACAUGGAAAAAAACAUUAUUGCUGGUGCAAAGACAGAUAGCGGUCAUCAGUGUGGCAUUUUGUUCCCGUUUCCGUUUUUCGUUGAUUUCAUUGCAAGGUUGCAUUCAGCGUACUUGAAUUUUUUUUCCUCUCCACGUCUUAGAGGCAUUCAGUUAGCAGAGAGGUUGAAGCACCAACUUUUUUUUUUUUUUGCACAAUUAUAAUUGACAGGUAAUGAAGCUAUUAAAAUAUUUGCCUUUUUAAGUAAAAAAAAAUGAGAACAGGGCUACGUUGAAGAAUUAUUUUAUACACAGAUUCUGCCUUGUUUCGUAGUAUGAGGGUUUAAGAUGGAGAAAAAUCUAAGGGUCUCUUAUUUUUCAUUUUAUUAUGUUCAGUUUUUUAUUAUUUUUUUUGCGCUGCUAAGAAGCUAAGAUCAUUCAUCGUUACCCAUGUUAACAGUACCUAGCUGUAAUGUUUCACCGAGUGUGCUGCUAUUUUAUAAACAUUUUUAUAAUAUAUUAUUUUACUGCUUAAAUUUCCAAGUCCUGAAGUAGAUGGUUGAGAUAGGAGUUCUUCGUACUGGAAAAGCCCUUCCAUACCUAGUUUGUUUCCUUCUGGUAGCGUAUUCAUGGUUUUUUUUUUUUUUUUUUUUUUUCCUCUCUGAUCACAUACUUCAAAGACAGAGUAUUCUUUACCUCAGGUUUACUGGACAAAAUCAAUAGCUACAAAAGAAAAUGGUUCACAUUUUUGUUCUCAUAAUACCUCACAACCGUACAGUUUCUGCUUGGGAGCCCAUUAGUCGGGGAAGGCGGAGCGGGGAGGAGGCUGCAGCCCCUCCCAGGUGGAAGGUGGGGGAUUUGGCCCCAGGGUCUCAUGCCCAGGGACCUCUUCUGUGGUGAAGGUCAUCAGGCUUCCAUUCUGACUCCGGUAUCCUCAUCAUGAUGGAAAAAAUGCAAUUGAACCAAGGGAUUUCCCCUCCCCCGCAAGGCCAACACUCAGCACAGAGGUUGAUGCAGUGGACUAGGUACCACUUGGGUACCAGGAAUCAGGACACAGCCUAGUGAAUUCCAGCAGGCUAUCUAGAGAGCCUUGCCUUGCAGGCCUUUCUAAAGCAGGGCUCUCAUCUUCUUCAGGUCCUUUCAUCUGGAAAGUUUCCCCUCUCUCUGGCCCCUUCCUGGUCACAGGCAGCCCCCGUUCAGGAUGAUCUCAGAGGGCUUCCUAGGUCUGAACCUGCAGCAGGCAGGGUUGCCACAGCAACUGCUCCCACCUGUCUGGGCUGCGGCAGGCAGGUGAAGCCAGGUCCUCGCUAAGUGGCACUAAAUGGUUUUCAGGUUUUAAAUCGUGUGUUGAAUUGGCAUGAUUGGAGAAACGGGUUGGGUGAGUAUUGGGUUGGUAGUCGAAGGGAGGUGGGGAGGCUGCUUCUCUCCAGAGAUGCAACCCCAGAUGAGUCAGUCUCCCUUGAAGUGUGUUGUAAGGGUUCAGCACUCAGUGAGUUACAUGACCCCGAAAUUCUAGGGAUUUCUGGUGGGCCAGUGGGUGCUGAAUUCUGAGGUUUUGGAGAGGAAGGCUGAGCAGCCCGUGUUUUAUCGGGAGCACACUUUGCACAGGCCGCUCUUCUGGGCUCUGAGGGGUUCCCCAGGAUGGAGAAAGGCAUGGGCCCUAGAGUUCUUGGGAGUCUUGGAACCUAAAGAGAAAGCCAGGUACAGAUCUCUUGUACAGUGACCAGCCGCUAAGCUCAAAACGGAAGCAGCAAGUGAUAGAACCUGACAAAUAAGGAAGGAAAGAGGCCAACAGACUCCCCCGCGGUCUCUCACUUUCCACUUUCCCCAGGGGCCACUGGGGCCUUCUAGCUUUUUCUCCUUCCCAUCCUUGGGGCCUAGUGUGAUGGGAGGUGUAGGGUUACAGAUGGGGAGAGUAUGUAGGUAGUUUGGCUUUUCUGCCUGCUCCCUCCUCACACAAAAGAAGGAACCUGGCUCUGUUGAACUGGCUGAUAUCCUCUCCUUGGAUCUUGGUUUCCUCGGUAGGAGCUUUUGUCCCAGAGGAGUUCAGUUCUCCCCAUGCAUUUUUUUCUCUUUCCUCCCACUCAAGGGGUUCCAAACCUAUUUCAGUCUUUUUCUACCUUGUUGUCUUUCUGUCUCUUCUUUACUUCCUCCUCUUUAUGGUUUUUGUGGGGUUUUUUUUUUUUUGGUUGGUUGUUUAUAUGUUUUUCUCCAUCAGUGGGGGCUCAGUUGUUCCCCUAGCCUGCCAAAUUUUGUUCCUUCCCCUAUUUUGGCCAAAUCCUAGGGGGAAAAAUCCUUGUAUGCCAAAUAUAUAUGCUAAGCAUAAUUCUUUCAGUUCCAUGCGGGUUCAUAACAGCCAAGAAGCCUGCAGUGGGGGUGGGAGACAGAUGCCUCAGCCAAAUGCCCCCCUAGGCUGAGAGAAGGGGCUUCUGUCCGAGGAGGCUGUCCUCUGGAACUGGCCCUGCCCCACUGAGCAGCCAGCCGGUGCCACAGCCUGGUCCCUGCAUGCUGUAUGGAGGCCCUGUUCUGCCUCUUCAGCCUCCGAGUCGGGCAUGUGAGGCUCGGCAGGGAGGCCAACCCGGCUGCGGGCAUUGGGGGCUUCCCUUCCGAGGGGGGCUGUGGCCCAGCUCCGAGGCUGUUGUCCAUGCCACCCCGGGAGCCUUGGGACUGCCAGGUUAGCAGGAUUGGAUGACUUUCUCAAAGAGGGCAGGGGAAUUUUCUCUCCACCGGCCACAGGGGGCAGGGCUGGGAGAAGAAAUAGACUUGCACCUUAUCUCAUGUAAAUAAUGAUUUUUCUAGCUCAAGAAGAGAAUAUUGAUAGAGUGGAAAUGGGAGGUAAGAAUGGGGAAGAAAUCUGAGUAAGCCAGUUGGCUUCUAAGCCAAAAGGAUUCUUCUUUGCUUAUCUUUGAGACAGUCCAACCCUGAGAAUAGCUUUAAAAGGGAAAUUAGUGCUGAGACGGCUAAGUCCCCUUCAGCCAACAGACGCUCUGUAGUGACAGAACGAGUGCAGGCUCCUCUGCUGUGGGCUUGGGGCCGGUCCCGUCACCCAUUUGUGCAAAAUACGGCCAGGAGAUUCAAGAGGAUGUUUAUGGCUUCCUCAUCCCACCCGGCUUUUCAUGACCCUGGAUUCUAAACAACCCAGAACAGUCCCUUCAGCCAGAACCACCGCUCUAUAUCCGUGUGUCUCUGCUUUUAGACUUGGCUGGGCUGUCAGACCCGAUUCUUGGCUUAGGUUUCCAGAAGGCAUCGGCAAACAUAUACACGCAUGCUGGAACUGCCACAUUUCUUCCUUUGCCUGCAGCCUCCUUUGGGGAAAAAAAGUGCCUUACUGACUGUAGCCAUUACAGUAGCCAGUGUAUUUUGACAGGUGCCUAUCCUUUAAAAAAAAAAAAAAAAAGUUCUCGUUUUUUUUUUUUUUUUUUUUAAUUGGUUAUAUUUUUUUACUGCUGGCCAAUUCUGAAAGCCCCAGCAGAUCACCGGGCCAUUGGAUUUUUUCCAUUAUGUUCAUUACCAUGUACCUCAGAUCUUUCUCUCUCAGUUACAGUUUCUCGUCUUGGACUUUCUUUUAUUAUUAUUAUAAAUUUUUUUUUUUUUUGCUUUAAAACGAGUGUGAUGCCUUAUCCAGUCAAUGUUAUUCUCUCACCAUGUGCUCUAUAAGAGGUGUGGGUGUUUUAUUUGAUCGGCAUUCGAGCACGUGCUAAAGUAGCACGAUCAGUGUACACGGGAGGUUUUUAGGAAGUAUGGGAAAAAAAUGUAUUGGCUAUGAUGGUGACGUGGUAUAGUCAAGCUGCCUUUUCAGAGGUCCUAUCUGUUCAGUGUUAAGUGAUUUUUUAAAAAUAAUAACCUGUUUUUCUGACUAGCUUAAAGAUGGAUUUGAAAAUGGUUUUGGAUGCAAUUAGGUUAUGCUCUUUGGACAAUAAACUCACCUU